AUGUCUCUGGUGGACCUGGGGAAGCGUCUGCUGGAAGCGGCUCGUAAAGGUCAGGACGAUGAGGUCAGGAACCUGAUGGCCAACGGAGCGCCGUUCACCACCGACUGGCUGGGCACGUCUCCUCUCCACCUGGCUGCUCAGCACGGUCAUUACUCCACAGCUGAUGUUCUUCUGAGAGCCGGCGUCAGCAGAGACGCUCGGACCAAAGUGGACCGGACGCCGCUGCACAUGGCGGCGUCCGAGGGUCACGCUGUGAUCGUGGAGCUGCUGGUCCGGAGCGGAGCAGACAUCAAUGCCAAAGACAUGCUGAAGAUGACGGCUCUGCACUGGGCGGCGCAGCACGGACACCACGCUGUUGCCGAGACGCUCAUCAAACACGGAGCCGACGUGCACACGCUCAGCAAGUUCGACAAGACGCCCUUCGACAUCUCAGUGGAUAUUCAGAACACAGAGCUGAUGCUGCUGCUGCAGGAGGGCAUGCAGAACCAGGUGAACAUGAACCAGGUGACGUUGAACGUGGAUACGAGCGGGAACAGCAACCAGCCUCAGUUCAUCAUCCAGGGCAUGCAGGGGGGGGUGGUGAACCUGGCAGAGCUGCUCAACAAGGCCAACCACGGAGACUCGGAGGAGGCGAUGGCUGCCAACGCUCUGGACUCCAACAUCCAGCAUGCAACAGUGGUGAACGAGGGGGGGCAGAGGGUCAUCACCAUAGUGACGGAUCAGCACGGCAACCUGCAGACCACGGGGGGGAUGGCUCCCCCCUUCUUCGUCACCAUGCAGCACGGCCAGCAGAUGCUGGCGGUGCCUGCUAACACGGUGACGGAGGAGGUUGUGACGGAGGAGUCUCAGCCCCCCCCCUCCAGGAAGAGGAAGAUGGAGACGACGAACAACAACCACGAUGGAGGAGAGACGGAGCACCUCCAGAGGCAGCUGCUGGAGGCCAACAGGAAGGCGCAGGAGUACCGCACGCAGCUGCUUCGCAAAGAGCAGGAAGCAGAGGAGUACCGCGUCAAGCUGGAGGCCAUGUCUCAGAACCACCCUCACAACAACAACAACAACAACAACCACCACAGUGAGGAGGUGGUGGGAGGAGAGGAGGACGAGGAGGAGGGAGGAGGCGUGGUGGAGGAGGAGGGGGAGGGGGAGAUGGUGGUGCUGCAGGAGGGAGGCAUCAUCAUGGAGGGGGAGGAGGGUCAGGUGACGCUGGUGGAGACGGGAGGAGAGGCCACGGAGGUUAGUUCAUAACAGAGAGGAGGAGAGAGGAGGUGCCAUUCUGGAUCCCUAAACGGAGAGGAGGCACAAAAUGGCUGCUGCCGACUUUUCAAACAAGACGGAGGAAGUCAUUUUGGAUCCCUGUGAGAUUCAGAGAGGGAGACACGAUGGGGACGCAAUGGGGACACGAUGGGGACGCGAUGGGGACACGAUGGAGACACGAUGGGGAAGGACUGAUGGAGGAAAUCAAUGAAAGAUCAGACGAGUCAAUCAAGCAGAGGGGUUUGAUCGUGUGCCAUUUGGAUCCCUGAAGUCUUAAUCAGGAACAAAGCGUUAGACAGAGCGACUGAUAAAGGAUUUAAGUAACAUUUAGGAGAGUUCUGCUCCAUUCUGGAUCCCCGAGAGGAGGCACACGAUGGCUGCUGCCUCAGAACAAAGAGACCAUGAAAGACUUUUCAAACAAGACGGGGUCAUUUAGGAUCCCUGUGAGAUUCCCUGCCUACAGAGAGGCAGACAUGAUGGAGGGGGUGUGUGCCAUCUGGGAUCCCUUCAAAGAUCAUACGAGUCAAUCAGGCGCUGUUUGGAUGCCUGAAGUAUUGAACAGCAACACAGCGAGAGACGGAGCGACCGAUAAAGGAUUUAACGAACAUUUAGCCUCCCUGAGAGAUGUCAGGACGAUGCUUCAGGAAGGGAACUACAAUGGCUCGGAGGAGGAGCACGGACUUCAGGAGUCUCCUCUUGUUUGUCUCCAUGCCUCCUGAAAGGGAUGCAAAGCGGCUCGUGGAGAUGGAGACUCACGGAGGAGGAAGAGAGAGAUGUUGUUUUAGUUAUAACCACAGUCAGUGAUCACAAGUCAUUAAAGCAGCAGGAGAUCUGGACCCUGAACGCACCAUUUUGCUUCAUGCCAACGUGUAUAAGGGAAACGCGCACGCUGCCCAUGAUCCCUUUCUUGAAUCCAUUCAAACCAGUCCCCCCACACGAUUCCCUUUGCUCUUCGGUCCGGAUCAAUCCUCUCUAACCUCUCUAAAGUGACCUCCCUGAACGAGGCGGACGAGAGAACCAGACGUCUCCUCGGACACUAAGACACUCUGAACUGCUUUCAUACUUUUUAUUUCUUUUAGUUUUUGUUGUUUAUAAUCAUUCUGUUUUGUUCGGAUGCGACGUCUCGUACGCUUUCUUUGAGACGUCUCGUGCGCUCUCUUUGAGACGUCUCGUGCGCUCUCUUUGAGACGUCUCGUGCGCUCUCUUUGAGACGUCUCGUGCGCUCUCUUUGAGACGUCUCGUGCGCUCUCUUUGAGACGUCUCGUGCGCUCUCUCUGAGACGUCUCGUGCGCUCUCUCUGACACGUCUCGUGCGCUCUCUCUGAGACGUCUCGUGCGCUCUCUCUGAGACGUCUCGUGCGCUCUCUCUGAGACGUCUCGUGCGCUCUCUCUGACACGUCUCGUGCGCUCUCUUUGAGACGUCCUGAGAAAGUUCCCUUUGUUUGUGCAGCGUCUGACUUCAGAUCCAUCAUGCAGACUUCUGAUCAGUAAUUAUGGUUUCAUUUUAAAUCCUCAGAUAUGUAAUGAUUUCAGAGACUCUUAGUUUAGAGAUAUCUCCCGUCUUUAAGCAGCUCACAGACUAGUGCCUGGAAGCCGCCUCGCUUCGGGGUCUGGAUUCAAACAAGGGAUGAAAGAUGAGUAAAGAGGAAUAUGGAUUAGCUUUAAUGUCUUGAAAUGUCCCAAACUCAAUUACAGACACAUCAAACACAUCAAGUUCAUUCAAACAUUCAAACUAGUUUAAAUGAAGUCAUAACAUAUUCAAGUUCCAGUUACCCAUCAUCAGCUGAAGGUCGUCUGCUCAGUUUUUAGAUGAUUUGCGUGUUUUUAUCCCUUUAAUGACAUUCCUAUAAUUCAGUCCCAGCAGAACAUUGGUGUUUCAGAAUAAUAAAUACACGAGGAACAAAUCCAUUAAACCAGAAAAACAAGAAAUUUUUCUGAAAUGUUACUUUGGUGGGUGAGACACACACGUAGAGAUAGAGACACACACACACACACACACACACAGACACACACACACACACACACAGACACACACACACACACACACACACACACACACACACAGAGAGACAUACACAGAGACAUAGAGACACGCACACACAUUUAUAAAUUAAGAAUCUCAGAAUAUUCCAGUUUUUACUUUGAAAUGUGUGCCUUUGUUCCUGGUCGAUUCCCAACGUAGUGAUACCCUCAUGAUGUCAGAAUAUUAGAGUUGUUAUUUGGAUGCCAUCAUAAUGAAAGAUAACGCAUGAAUAGUUUAAAUCUCCUGUGGGUCAGUUUCCUGUGGGUUUUGAAGGCUCUUGAGGACUUCCUGUGCGCUGACGCUCCUUCCUGUCUCGGUUUUCUGUUGAGUGUGAAAGUUAUUUUUAUAAACUCAGCAAACCUUUUUUCUAUGUACAUAUAAAGUUGUAUUUUUCUAACUGUACCUGAAUGCUUCACCGUGAUGAUGAUGGCUGCCUGCAUCGGUAAUCUGAAAUAUAAACACUUGUUUUUGGACUUUC